UGUUUAUGUAGGCGUUUUCAAAUCAUCAUUACUGGAGGUAUACACCUCUAAUAUACCCAUUAUGAUGUUGCAGUCCCCUCAUAGUUAAAUUUAUUAAAAAGCAGACAAGAUAAGGGGCAUAUCCAACCAACAACAAUUAAAAACAGCAGAAGAAAUAAACGUAGCUACAUGUAGUCCUGGAUCACCCUUUUGUCCCUCUAAACUACGUAGACCAUAAUGCAAAGCAGACGGCGACGUCACUCUCCCCGGCACCGGUCUGCCGCCGGUCCGCCACAGGCAGCGGAGGGCUUCCAGACGGGGGAUCCCGGCUCAGCGGGGCCUUACGAUAGCGGUGUGCCGAAAUGGCGAAGACGUACGACUAUCUCUUCAAACUGCUGCUCAUCGGAGACAGCGGCGUCGGCAAGACAUGUCUGCUGUUCAGAUUCAGCGAGGACUCCUUCAAUACCACCUUCAUAUCCACGAUAGGAAUAGACUUCAAAAUCAGAACAAUAGAGCUGGAUGGAAAAAGAGUCAAACUUCAGAUUUGGGACACGGCAGGACAGGAGAGGUUUCGCACCAUCACUACAGCUUACUACAGAGGGGCUAUGGGCAUUAUGUUGGUCUAUGACAUCUGCAAUGAGAAGUCCUUUGAAAACAUAAAAAACUGGAUCAGAAAUAUUGAAGAGCAUGCCUCGUCCGAUGUGGAGAAGAUGAUCCUGGGUAACAAAUGUGACAUGACUGACAGGAGACAGGUGUCCAAAGACAGAGGUGAAAAACUGGCUAUUGAUUAUGGAGUAAAGUUCUUGGAGACCAGCGCAAAGUCUAGCUUAAAUGUAGAGGAGGCUUUUUAUACUAUGGGAAGGGACAUAUUACAUAAUCUGAGCUCAAAGACAACUGACAACGGUGCCGGAGGGUCGGGCAAACCGGUCAAGAUCUCAGAGAAAAAGUCGAAGAGAAUCAAAUUCUUCAAGUGUUCACUCCUCUAGGCCGCUCAUCUCUAGUGUUCACGGCUCACGGCUGUUUUGGAGGGUUACUGCCUCCCGGACGCCCUCGCAGCAGCGGCAGCACUGGCCAUGAUUAGAGGGCCUUACUGCCAGCUGAAGCUCACAGGUUCAUGAGCGGUUGAGAUGCCAUCCUGACCCGCCGACCAGAGGAGCAUCAACAAGGAAUGAGGCCAUCAGCAGUGAUCGUCAGCAGUGGUUUGUAGCUGGCCAUGCAGUCUGCUCACAGGGGGCAGUGAUUCUGUUGGCAUUCAUAAUACCUCUGGUGGAUCUCAUGAAUAUAUCUCAGUUACACAUAGUUGUCUUAUAAAAUGUUAAACAAUGAAAACAAAUCUUUUUUUUUUUUUUUUCAUAUGCUUUAGCAUUAUUUUAUACACACUACCUAUUGUCAUAUUUACUAUGAUGAUUCUGUGGGAUAGACAUAUCAAGUCUCAGCACUGAUUGUAUUUAUCUGUGUGAAUUCGUGUAUAUUAAUAUGGUUGUGGUCUCCAGUUGCACUGGCAACAUAUCUACUUGUUCAUGUGUGCCUAGAAGGAGUUACAGUAUUGUGAUAGAAAAGGCAAAAGUAUGUAUAAAUACAACCUAAUGUAUUCUCUCUUUUAUUUAUUCCUUUUUAAUGGAACCUUUAUUUAUGCAGGUUUCUGUGACAAAAUGAAACUGUGAAAGGGUUGUUUGUUUCUUGGAAGCUGUACUUAAUACAUAUUGUUAUGGCAGGUGUCAGUAUUUGCAUGAAGGCUGUAGGGACACCACUGAGUGGGUCAUUAUUAAGCACAUUUUACAGUAUCUAAAAAAGUGUUUACAGACAGUAUUUCAAAGUGUCAACCAUAUAUAGGAAAUUCAUGUUUUUGCUGUUUGCAUAGUUUAUAUACGUAAGCACAAUAAACAGUUGUGUAUAUCCUUUAACCUUAAAGUAUGGACAUCCAACGGGCUCCCUUUACAUCUCCACGAAAACACAAUGACAUGGGAAAGCUGUAAUGUGAAUGAUUGUCUUUGUAAGCUACUGUAUGUUACACCAAUGAAAAGUAAAGAAAGUGGAUCUUCUAAAAAGAAUAUUAUGUUCAUUCCAGCUAUUCUGCAU